GUCUAGCUUGUUGUUUGGCGGGGAAAUAUUAAAUUUCAAUUGACACAUUUUCGAAAGGCUCCUAACAAAGAUACCUCAGCUUGAAGAAUCAAGAUGUUUUACAGUCAAGAUAUUCUCCAGAAAAGAGGUGGAAAAUUUGGAAAAAUAUGGCUAGCAGCCACAAAGAUGUCAAAGUUGUCACGGAGAGAAGUAGCAACUGUCAAUGUUGAAAAAUGCUGUGAUGAUAUUCUUGCAUACAUAGAACUGCGUAUAACACCUGUACGUCAAGGUGGGCGGCGACCAAGAUUCUCUUUGUACUUGUCAGCACUGCUAAUGUAUGGAGUAGUUAGAAUACAUCAAAAACACAUGGAAUAUCUUCUCAAUGAUGUAUCCACAGCAUUCCUACGUGUGAGUUCCUUGCCGAUCUUACAGGGGCAGGAGAUUGACUUGCCUGUAAUACCAAAGGCAGAUCAGGUGACAAAUCCAGAAAUGCCCCUGCAGGAAAUCCAGCCGGAGGAGGACUUAUUCCUCAGUCAGCUUGAUAUAGAGAUGUUGAGAGCUGGACAUGUAGAGCCUGGAGAUUUCUGGGGUUUGAAUGGAGCAACACCUGCCCGUGACAGUCCACCAUCUAAGAAGAGAAAAAAGCACCAAGAUGAAGAAGUUGCUCCUGUUGCCAAUGUUGAUCAGAUAACAUUGAAAGAACCUCCGCCACUGAUUGUUGACACACCACUCUCACCUAUACAGGUUCCAAAGGACAUGGACUUACCCAUGCUGGAUGGGCGGGAGAUGGAGAUGUUGCUGGGUCAGAUAGAGGAGCCGGGACUCCAGGUAUUGGACCUGUUACCUACCAGCACUCCGUUCAAUCUAGAUGCUGAUAGUUCUACCAGACAGAGGUUACGAUCUGAACAGUCUGCACUUGAAAGUCCUAGUCGUAUAAGGCAGGAAGAUAAGGAGAAGACUCCAGAGCGCCCCAGCACCGAGGUACCAGAAAACCGUGCAUGGCGCAUUAUUUACAAUUUUGAUUUCUUAAAAAUUUGUCCUUUUGCGAUUCAGAGAAAGUCUCUUGAGUUAGAGUUAACACAAGCAGUACCAAGCCCAAGGCAACGUAAACGUAAGAGGCAACUGGCAUUUGCAGAUGCUGAGACGCAGAUACCAAAGAAUAAAAUGAAGCAAAACAUGACAACUGGGAAAGAUACUUGCGAACUCUUUGUGCUUCCUGAUGUGCAGGGUGUUGGAGCAACAGAUCUGUUGGCAGUAGCAGGCAGAAAAGAAUUGAGAAAGGAGAUAUGGCAUCCACUAUGGGCAAGAAAUGCUCGUUUCCGUAGAAACAUACCAGAAGAAGAGCUUGCUGAAGCUGUGUCACCUCCGCAGUUACCUGCCCCAGAUCAGCUUGAUAUACAGAUAGGACAGCAAGUACCGGAAGUACCACUCAUACCAGAUCUUGGGGAAACCCUCAGACCUCCACAGCCUCCUUUAUCUCCAGUUUUACCGCCACAGCCAGAAGACCGGAGAAGAAGUAAGCGCAAAAUAUCUACUCUGGAAGAAUCUGUGGAGGAGUUGAGAAGAAUAUCAGUAUCAAUGAUGGGCACUCCAGCUCGUGAAAUAUCGUCUAUUGAAAUACCGAGAGAUGCUUCAACGUCUCGCAUUGGGACACCUAAAGCAGCUGGUCUAGAUGAUACGCUUAUUCUUGACGAUAGUAAAGACACCAGUAAAAGCAGGGGAAGUGCAAGAAAGCGAAGAACGAGGUCAUCAGUGUCUAAGGAAGAUGAGCAACAAGCUCCGCCCCCUGUGCAAGAAUUACCAUCUGGUACCAGUCUACAGACAAGUCAUACCUCAACUGGUCGUACACUGUAUGAUGUGGUUGAGGAACCGAGAUAUGAGGAACAGUUUAUUGCUGUACCAUUGUUACAGUACAUCACAGAGGACCAAGAACAAAUGAAGGAAGAACUACUCAGGUCUAUAGAAGGUGAUAUUGAGCAAGCUGGACAGUACACAACUUUCCACAAUCUUUGUCCACCUCAACUAGUAGAUAGAAAAACAGCUGCCAAGAAGUUCUCAGUUCUCUUAGAAUUGUGUGCACAGGGAUCUGUAACUGCCAAACAGAAGAGAAGUUACGAAGAUAUCUAUAUCAGAAUGGCAGAAUAAGGACAGUUCAUCUCUACUUUAAAUAUAUAAUUCUUACUAAUUGUAACGUUCCACAUAUUUUGCAACAGGUUAUUUCACCAGUUUCAUUUUUGAUAUAUAAUUGCUGAAAGUAUUAAUGCUACCUAUCAUUUAAAAAAAACUCUAGGUUCCUAAUAGAAAUAUUUUAGUCUUUCAAAAAAUGAUUGCAGUGUUGCAUUUUCAAUAAAGAAAAAAUAUUGUAAAAUUUUUGUUCACUUUGGAAGCAAAAGCAAAACAUAAUCAUUUAUUGAGUGACUGUUAAAAAAAUUUCAGGAUGUUUAAGUUAGCAUGAAAGCAAAAGUUCUUAUCAAAUUGUUGAUAAAAUCUGACACAGAAAAAAAAUAGCCAAAAUUUUACAUAAUUUUGCCAUAAAAUGAUAUUUGAAAUUACAAACUAUUUUGUUGUAAAUUUAUGCAAAACUAAUUUAUACAGAAGAAAUGUCCUUUAAAGAAAAAGCUUUUAUAAUGUACAGUGUUCAAAAAUAAUUAGUUGGGAUUAAUUUGAAAUGUGCCUUGGUAUUCUAAUGCAUCAUAUUAAGUUUUAAAAAAAUGUGCUUAGGAUUUUAGCUGUUACAGAUAUGAAUGAAGUGUAAAUGUUAAAAGUUCUAUGUUGUUGAUGAUCUAGAGGUUUUUAGAUUUUUAAGUUUAUGUUUGUUAUUACUGUAUAUAAGUUGUUAUUUUAAAAAGUAGACCUCUGCUGUUGUUGUUGUUGUCUACACUUGUUAUCAAAGUUUUAAAAGUGCAAUUUUAAUUUUUUUAUCUGAUUAACUUGUUCAGGCUUUUAAAAGUACCAUACUGUAUUUUUGUUCUUGUUAAUCAUACACUCAGGUAUUUGAAAAUAUUUACUGUUGUUUUAAAAUAUUGUUGUUAUUGUUUUUUAUUCAAUUGACUGAUGCUUUGUAAAAGUAGGAAUGCAUAUUAUAGGUGAUAGAUUAGUUGAUAUACUGUUAGCUGAUAAUAUCAGUGUCUAAUAGAAUAAAUAUACUAUAAGCUGUUAAUAUAGACUGUACUUUGCUAUAGUUGAAAUCAUGCUUUUCAAACACUGUUGUUGCUGUUGGUUUUAAAUUCAGAAUGUUGUAUAGACUUGAUGGAUUUUUAGUCUGUAACAAAUAAUGUUAUAAUGUUUCUGGCUAUCUAUAUUGAUUUUUAAUGAGAAAAACAAACCAGUAUUACAUGUAUUCUCUGAUGAAAUAGUAGAUUGUUUAUGUAGAAAUACUUAGUUUUGCUGAGUGUUACUAGAAAUUAUUUGUUGAUGAAGUUGUUAUAUUGAAGAAAAGGUUUUAAAAACUGCAUUUUAAUUACCAAGUAUAUAAAAACAGGAAAUUUUGAGAAAGUGUAUUAAAAGUUACACUUACAUGGAGUUAAAUUUUUGAUUUUCUGUCAGGCUUGUAUUUAAAGUUCGCUGAUUUAUAAAUAUUUGAUUUUUUUUUUCGAAAUGAAGUAGACUCCAGAAAACAAGCCAGCAUCUUCCUGUCUUUUGAUUCACUUAAUUCCUCUCAAUAGUUGUAAGUUUUCAAGAUAAAUAUUACUAUGACAAAAUCUAUAUUGUAGCUUAAAAAUUGUUUAAAAUGCAGCACUACACCUUUAGAACGGAAAAGGCCUGUACAUCUGCAUGAGAAUUAUUUUAUACAAGAGUAAAUCACUGUUUAAGAUGUAUCUUUUUUAUUCUAAUAUUUAUCAAGAAUUUUUAUCUUCAUCCUUGAUGACAUCAAUCAUUUUGCCUGUUUUAUGUGGUUUUCUUUUCCAGCACACCGCUAUGAUGUAAUAAUUGUAACAUACUAACAGUGAUUUUGUUGGGUAAUAUUACACAGUUUCAGUCUUCUUUGUUUAUAGAAAUAUAAAUUGGGUUGUGUUAGAAUUUGUAACAAUUUCAUUAGUAUAUUACAAUUCAUAUUUGUCGUGAAUACUUCAAUGAAAUGGAAAGCAGAGGCAAGAAAAUACAGGUCAUUUAUCUAUUUACUUAGGUCUUGAAACGUUUUACAGAUUGUUCAACAUUGUCUUACCAAAUAAAAUCAUGUUUUAAUACAUUUUAAAUAUAUAUUUCAAGGAGAA